AUGGUCAGCAAGUGGAUUGUACUCGCUGGCGUGAUGUUGGCUUCCAUUGGAAACUUGCUAUCCUUUCCAGGUGUAGAAGCUCGUUCCGCUUCGGUUAAAAUGAGUUUGGACCUAAGCGUGUCCGAGGACCAACAUCUCAUAACUGUGGAUAUGGUGCGCUUGUGCGCGCUCGAGACUGAUCUGUCAAUGGACGAACUGCGUAGGUUUAGUGAAAACGACUUCAGCAAUGCCACGAAGGCCACACAAUGUUUCACACACUGCAUCUUUGAACAUAUGGGCUUGGUGAGUAACGGGAUUUUUGUGGAGCGUGACAUCAUUAGUUUCCUGGGCGAUGUCACCGAUCCCAAACGCAUGUUGGAACGUGAGUGUUUAGGCCAAUUCAGCGAUAAUAAGUGUGAAAGAGCUUUCCUCAUUCAUCAAUGCUAUCGUGCUGGUCAACGGCUGAUGAGGCCGCCGAAUAAUCAACCCGAGCCUGUGGAUCAACUGAUUGAGGAGCGUAAUAGGGAAGAGGAAACGCCGGUUGUGGAUUUGCCUACAACGGAUUUGACAAUGCCAUCAGCGCACCGUAUGACUCCUGAUACUGAGCGUCAGCUACUAAUCAAAAACAUUCUAGCAAAACGUUUACCCAGAAAGCAAAACAUUAAACAGGGGUUGGAAGAGGACUAA